AUGUACCUUACAGUGAACAACAACAGUGACGAAGACUCGCCACCUGGAUCACCAAACUCAUCGUCGCCGCGACAACCGAAAAGCCGACCUGGCUCUCUUGUGGUUGAAACGUUGGGUGCCAAGACGUCUGAGACUAAGGACGGCUUACGCAAAAUCAACAACUAUCUGUUGAAACGAGAAAUAGGUCGUGGAGCUUUUGGUACUGUGCACUUGGGUGUGGACACCAAUACAGGGACCGAAUAUGCAAUUAAAGAGUUUAGCAAGUCUCGUUUACGGCGAAAAGAGCAAUCGGCAAUGCUACGACGACCAGGUCCUCGCGGACGUGGUCGAGGGCGUAUUAUGGGUUUGGGCGUUGGUCGGUCAGCCUCUCCACUCAGCACCAAUCCAUUGGAUCUUGUGCGAGGCGAAGUGGCCAUUUUGAAGAAACUGAAUCAUCCUCAUAUGGUCAAGCUCUUUGAGGUGUUGGAUGACCCGAGUGACGAUUCUCUUUAUAUGGUGUUUGAGAUGGCACACAAAGGUGUAUUAAUGAACAUCGAGUCGGACAAGACCGCAACACCCUAUACAUCCGAACAAGCAAGACAUUUUUUCAGAGAGAUCAUCCUGGGAAUUGAAUACCUACAUAACAACGAGAUUGCACAUCGAGAUAUCAAACCGGACAACUUGCUAUUAUCAAAGGAUGGUGUAUUAAAGAUUGUCGAUUUUGGCGUUUCUGAGAUGUUCCACAAGGGUGAUGACCGGAUGAAAAAAUCUGCAGGUAGUCCAGCAUUUAUGGCACCAGAGUUAUGUGUACCUAGUCAUGGAGAAAUAUCAGGAAAAGCAGCAGAUGUUUGGUCAAUGGGUAUCACGCUUUACUGUUUAAUCUACGGACGACCUCCAUUCAUGAGCCAUAAUCUUGUGGAACUGAUGAGCAUAAUCAGCAAAAAUGAAAUCGAAUACAAAGGUGAUUUGGAUCCUGAUUUGCUCGACAUCUUCCAUCGAUUACUGAAAAAGAACCCAGAUGAACGGAUAACUGUACCGGAACUCAGGGUACAUCCAUGGGUAACGAAACACGAUGAAGAUCCAUUGAUCUCAGAAGAAGAGAACUGCCAGAUGGUUGUUACCGAAGUUACUGAAGAAGAAAUCAACAAUGCUAUCUCUAGCAUUGCUAGUAUAUUUACUGUGAUGAAAGCAGUUAGCAAGUUCAAGCGGCAUUCAAGAUCAUUAUCACAGCAUUCGCUGAAUAAAAUGAUGGAAGAGGUCAAAAAGGCAGACAGUGAGAAGCAGCAGCAGUCUAAUACCGAGAAACGACACAAGCCAUCGCCAACUACUACUACAAGCUCUACGAAUACUAGUGAAAAGGAUGACAGCGACGUGGAAACGUUAAAAACGGAUGCUGCAGCAUUGAAUAUCGCUUGUUCAGAGUAA